GUUCUGCUCUCUUUGACAGGUUGCCCAUGCGGCUCCGACACAUUCAACUACACAUCAUGUAACCGCACAUCCAUCCAGUGUCCAUGUUAUAACCAUUAUGGAGAAGUCACCUACAAAUGUCAACCAUGUCUGUGCAAUCCAGAUGGUUCAACAAGCCAAGAAUGUGAUAGUGCUGGCAUCUGUUCGUGUAAACCAGGCGUGGGCGGAGCUAAGUGUGACAGCUGUUUGGAUAAAUCUGAUUGGUGGGAUGGAAAGCAAUGUACAUCAUGUGACUGCUAUGAAUAUCUUGAUAAAUGCAAGAAUAUUGAUGGAACAACCAAUGAGAUGUGCAGAACUUGUACAAGUUUACCAAACUUUGCUUCAAAAUGUGCUGCUCUCUGUGGUCGCGGCUUGUACAGGGACAGCAACAAUACAUGUACACAGUGUCCAGAUUGCGAGAUGGCUGGUAACUCAACAAUGACAAAAACACCUACAGAAUGUCAGAAGUUUACAGAUCUGUGUCUUAAGUGUUCUUAUAGCAGUUCUUCAAAGUCUCAGCAUUGCAGAUCAUGUCACAGUUCAAGUUUCAAGUGGAACUGCACACAAAUAACAUCUCCUGGUGAACAGCCAGCCAAGGCAGGUAGCGGCAACAAACGCUUUAGGAACUACUAUGUCUACGUAGCGGCAGGUGGGGGCGCUCUUCUAUGUACAGCUCUCAUCUCAACAAUCAUCUUCAUGAAGAAGAGACAGAGUCUUCAGAAGCCUAUCAUGCCACUAUGGACUAUUGAGUUAAAGCAGGAUGAUCAGGUCUCCUUUACAGACUAUAAUGAUGUAGAUGUGAUGUAUCUUGAUGAUUCCUACCUCAUGGAACCUUCAGAAGUCUUUACAACAUCAACAGAUAGCAUGGAUGAAAGGAUAGGCUACAAGGAUGAAAGGAAAGGCUACAAUACACUGAGCUGAAACAAUGUGUAGAUAGAAAAUGUUCACUAUUUGUCUUGUUAUAUACAUGAAUGCAAUUAAAUGGACUGUUUGAGAACCAAAA